CUCACAUAGAGGCUCAGCAGCUCAGCAGCCCAGCAGCCCAGCCCUGCUUGGCCUGCCGCUCAUAUUCUCCAAGUUGGCUGCCAGGGUAGGCACCCCUCCUCCCUUCCCAUCAUGGCCGUGUACUGUGUGCGUGUGACCACUGGUUCCUACCUGAUGGCUGGCACACUGGACAACAUUUUUGUCACACUGGUGGGCACAUGUGGUGAGAGCCCCAAGCAGCGGCUGGAUCGCCUGGGCAGGGACUUCGCCCCUGGAUCGGUGCAGAAGUACAAGGUGCGCUGCUCAGCGGAGCUGGGUGAGCUCUUGCUGCUGCGUCUACACAAGGAACGCUACGCUUUCCUUUCCACGGACUCCUGGUACUGCAGCCGCAUCCGUGUCACUGCCCCGGAUGGUACCCUUUCCCACUUUCCCUGCUAUCAAUGGAUUGAGGGUUACUGUACCAUAGAACUUCGACCAGGAACAGCAAGAACUAUUUGUCAGGACUCCCUCCCUCUCCUUCUGGACCACAGGAAACGUGAACUCCAGGACCGACAGGAGUGCUACCGCUGGAAAGUCUAUGCCCCUGGCUUCCCGGGCAUCAUAGACGUCAGCAGCUUUGAGGAGAUGGAAUCAGAUAAGAAAUUUGCCUUGACCAAGACGACACCCUAUGCAGACCAGGGCAACAGCAGCAGGAAUCGGUACCUGCCCGGCUUCCCCAUGAAAAUUGACAUCCCGUCCCUGCUGUACAUGGAGCCCAAUAUUCGCUACUCGGCCACCAAGACGACGUCGCUGCUCUUCAAUGCCAUCCCCACGUCCUUGGGCAUGAAGCUUCGAGGGCUGCUGGACCGCAAGGGCUCCUGGAAGAGGCUGGGUGAUAUCCGGAAUAUCUUGCGGUGCCACAAGACCGUCACUUCAGAGUAUGUCACAGAGCAUUGGCGUGAAGACCACUUUUUUGGGUACCAAUACCUGAACGGUGUCAAUCCUGUCAUGCUCCAUUGCCUCUCCAGCUUGCCCAGCAAGCUGCCUGUCACCCAUGACAUGGUGGCCCCUGUACUGGGACCAGGGACCUGCUUGCAGACAGAGCUAGAGAAGGGGAACAUCUUCCUAGCAGACUACUGGAUCCUGGCCGAGGUCCCGGUCCACUGCCUAAAUGGUCGCACACAGUAUGUGGCUGCCCCGCUCUGCCUGUUGUGGCUCAACCCCCAAGGGGCGCUGGUGCCCCUGGCCAUCCAGCUCAGCCAGACCCCUGGGCCCAAUAGCCCCAUCUUUCUGCCCACUGACUCUGACUGGGACUGGCUGCUGGCCAAGACGUGGGUGCGCAACUCUGAGUUCCUGGUGCACGAGAACAACACGCACUUUUUGUGCACGCAUUUGCUGUGUGAGGCCUUCGCCAUGGCUACACUGCGUCAGCUGCCACUCUGCCAUCCUAUCUACAAGCUCCUGCUUCCCCACACUCGCUACACGCUGCAAGUGAACACCAUUGCACGGGCCACGCUGCUCAACCCUGAGGGCCUUGUGGACAAAGUAACAUCCAUCGGGAGGCAAGGCCUCCUCUACCUCAUGAGCACCGGUCUGGCCCACUUCACCUACACCAAUUUCUGCCUUCCGGACAGCCUGCGGGCCCGCGGAGUCCUGGCCAUCCCCAACUACCAUUACCGAGAUGAUGGGCUGAAGAUCUGGGUGGCCAUUGAGAGCUUUGUCUCAGAAGUUGUGGGCUACUAUUACCCCGGUGACACGUCUGUGCAGCAGGAUUCGGAGCUGCAGGCCUGGGUUGGCGAGAUCUUUGCUCAGGCGUUUCUGGGCCGGGAAAGCUCAGGCUUCCCACGCCGGCUGUGCAGCCCAGGAGAGCUCGUGAAGUUCCUCACUGCGAUCAUCUUCAACUGCUCCGCCCAGCACGCCGCUGUCAACAGUGGGCAGCAUGACUUUGGGGUCUGGAUGCCCAAUGCCCCAUCAUCCAUGAGGCAGCCCCCGCCCCAGACCAAGGGGACCACCACCCUGAAGAGUUACUUAGACACUCUCCCGGAAGUGAACACCACCUGUAACAACAUUCUCCUCUUCUGGUUGGUCAGCCAAGAGCCCAAGGAUCAGCGGCCCCUAGGCACCUACCCGGAUGAGCACUUCACCGAGGACGCCCCGCGCAGGAGCAUCGCCGCCUUCCAGAACCGCCUGGCCCAGAUCUCGCGAGACAUCCGGGAGCGGAACCGGGGGCUGGAGCUGCCCUAUGCCUACCUGGACCCUCCCCUCAUUGAGAACAGCGUCUCCAUUUAACCCCUUCCUCCUACCACGCGGAAAGCCCAAGCAUGAGGAGGGCCGGCUUCUUAGGGUCCUCCAGGCUCUUCCAUCCUCCCUGUUCUCCGUCAACUUGAACAUUCUUUGCACAUGCGGACCUUUUCCACCCUACAUGGCUCUAGCAUCAUAUGACCUGGACCCUGAGCUGGGGACCAAUACAGUAGUACCCAAGAUAAGACGCUAGUUAAAGUCAAAUGCAGAACAUGCCCCCUGAAAGGAAGGAACCCCAUCACCCUUUACCUUACUUUGGGCAGCCUCCUGUGAAAACCUAGCUUACUCCUUUUUCUGAAAAUCUACCUCCUCCCAUUGGGACCCCCAGCUUGGGACUCUGAGCCUUCCUUCCCAGUCCUCCCCGAUUCCAAAACUCUUUCUCUCACCUUUCCCCUUUGUUUAGACUUUCCUCCCAGCCUAGCACCAACUCAAUCCAACUUCCUUCUCUGGAAAAACCUGUAAACUGGGCAAGGAAGGAUGUGUGCCCUGAAUCUGCCAUGUGGUCCACUUUGACCCCAGCAUCUUUAAGGGGAGGGUUAGAAUUAGAGCCCAGGUAGCCUGGAUCUCUAGCUGGAGUUCUCAGGGCCAGGCUCCCCGCCUUGGGUAUGUGUAGGGGGAGUCUCUUCCCAGCUCUUACCUAUCCUCACUAUCAUUCCCCCCCAACACACACUUUUUGUCUUUGAGUCUGAUAAGUUCAAUAAAA